AUGAUAAAAGCCUGCAGUCGGCGUUCGGAUGAAACGCUCAACGCUUUCGAAGAUAUGAAACCGAAAUUACUGUCACUUCGCGAUAUGUGGACCGAAUGGGAAACAGAGGUCAUGAGAUUGGAGGAAAUCGCGAAGGAGGGCAUUGCAAAACGUACAAAUACCUUAAGAGAUGAAUUGGAAGCCAUCCGAAUUGUCGAAUCGAAAUUCGAUGAGCUUGUGCCUCUACUGAGUGCAUCAGCUCGUCUGGCGAGUAAUCAACGACUGGAGCAGCUUCGAAUAAAAGUGCGACAAUUAAGCCGACCUGAGUCGUCACAAUUAUUCUCACCCCCGAACGACAGUUUACAUCGCUGUCAAAACCACUCAACUUCUUUUUACGUCACAGUUGUUGGCACUGGAUGA